UGUUAUUUCUCCUUGUUUUCAUAGAUCCAAUCACUUCCCAAUCAUAACCCUAUGGUUGGUUUUAUCUCCUCUUUUAUAUUCACCUCCUUGUUCCAGGACAGUUUCUAACAGCCAGACAAGUUCUUAGCCUGAAUCUUACAUAUGAAACACACUGGAUCUUAAUUAAUUUGUUUCUUUUGGAGUUACAUACAUUUAUAUGUUUUACCAAUGGCUGGCAUGCUUCCUGGUGUUGAAUGUGCAAGAAGAAGACGGUUCCAUCAAAGCGGAGGGUCAUCUGAUUCGUCAAGUGUGGCAGUGAUUGGUUUAACAAGGAGGUCCUCUUUUUGUUUGUAUACAAGCAACAACGAAACUCAUCACAGCUCUGUUUCUUCACAGCAAAGGAGCAUAUUAACUCAGACUUAUCAAGACGAUAAGCUUGGAGGAGUAGCAAGAGAAGCUAAGGAAAGAUUAGAUGAAAGGCUGAGAUCACAAAGAAAGUCAGAACCAAAAAGGCACAGUAACAAAGAAGGUAUGAAGUGUGUGGAUGGGAAAUCUUUGGUUCAAGGAGAGUUGCGUACUGAGGUAUUUGGAUCAAAGAAGAGUGCUUCGAAGAGGUUCAGUUGGGCAAAGCUGAAUUGGAAGGCGUCGGACCAGGAUGAGUGCGCAAUCUGCUUGGAGAGGUUCAAAGUUGAUGAGAGCCUGGUUCAUCCCCCGUGCGCACAUCGGUUUCAUUCGAGGUGCCUAGUCCCAUGGCUAGAGAAUCAUGCUCACUGCCCAUGUUGUAGAAUGGGAAUACUAUCUUGAAGAACCAUCGCAUCGUAUCAAUUUUCUUGGUUUUAGUAAAAUUCCAUAGAACUAGAGUUUUUGUUGGAAGGUUGGUAUGCCUAAGUUGCAAUGGCAAUGACAUGGCAUGUGAUGAAUACCCAUUUAUCAAGAAAUUGUAUUAUCAUACGCGUGAAAAAAGAAAUUAGGACAAAAAUAUAUAUAUCAGAAUAUUCAUACA